CUCGCACAAGCACAUUCAUCAUUCUCUUCCAUCCCUGCGCGCAUCGGCGGCAUUCCGAUCCGUUCCCGCGAGCGAGCUGCGCGUGCAUGGCGGCGACCCUCCUGUCCCACGUCGUCUCCGACCUCUGCAUCGGCAGGCCGAAGGUCCUCACGCUGCUGCCGUCCACGCCCGUCGCCGCCGCACUCGCCGCGCUCCGCGCCGGGGCCGACCCGUUCGUCUUCGUGGACGCCGAACCGGCCGCCCACCGCCUAAAGAGGGGAGCGGCCGCGGCGUACGUGAAGGUCGGCGUCGCGGACAUCCUCUGCUACGUCUGCGGCGACGCGGGCAACCUCCGGGACCCCGCGGCGGCGCUCGGCCGGCCCGUGUCCGCGGUCGCCGCCGGCUACGGCGUCUCCCACCGAGUGGACCCCCAGACGAGGCUGCUCGACGCCAUUGACGUGUUGCUGACCGACGGCUGCCAGAGCCUGCUCGUUCCUCUCCACGCGCGCGGCCGGAAGCGGCAUCACCAGGUCCCCUCCGAUGCCGUGGCGACAGCCGACUGCUGCGUGCUGACGCGAGAGGACAUCGUCCGCCACCUCUUCGGCUCCAUCUCCCACUUCUCCCCGGUCGCCGUGCUCACAGUCGCCUCCCUCGGCCUCGUCCGCCGCGACGUGCACGCUGUCCACGUCGCCGACGACGGGCUCGACGCGAUCCCGCUCCUACGUAGAGCCGUCUCGGACGGCACGGCCGUGGCCGUCGUUGCCGACGACAACGCGCUCGUCGGCGAGAUCUGCCCCAGCGUGCUCGCGUCGUGUGACGUCGAGUCCGUAUCGGCCGCCUUCGCCGCUCUCUCUGUGGGCGACGUCAUGACGUACAUCGACUGCUCUCUGUCGCACACGCCGCCGGAAUUCUUGCUGCGCGCCGUCAGAGCCCAGCUCAAGGACAGAGGCCUCGACGCCAUUGCGGAGCUCAUGGACACCGCGGAGGCCGCCUCUCUUCCCUUGUCCCCGUCGUCGUCGUCGACCUCCUCCGACGAGGACUCACCGUCGGGACGCGGACGACGCCCGAGGAGGAUGUCGUCAGGGAGCUUGGGCUGGCGGUCGACGGAGGACGUCAUGGCAUGCCAUUCCGGGAGCUCGCUUGUGGCCGUCAUGGCCCAGGCCCUCGCGCACCGUGUAGGGUACGUCUGGGUCGUCGAUGAGACCAGCAGCGCGCUCGUCGGAGUAGUGCGAUUCGCCGAUGUGCUCGCCGUACUCCUGGAGCAUCUCCGCCCUCAAUCCCAGUUGCUAUGCAGAUAAUCAGCGAUCGUAUCAGUUGAUGUGUUCACCAAAAGAUCUCCAACGCUAAAACAGUUGAGAGUUGUUUAUAUUGUUCCGUCAAUCCGUCUUAGUCAAAUUCGAACUGAAUAAUAUUAAAGUUUGUUGUUUUGACGAGAGCGUACCAUAAGCAUGAACUUUCUUUUUGAAACUUUU